ACGGAUCAACUAUAAGGGCUAUGAAUAAAUGUUUUAUUCAAAUAUUUUAAUAAGUAAAGUAUUUUAUUCCAAAUUUUUCAACGGAUUAUACAGUUCUCGAUAGAAAUCGUCGAUUUUGGAUCAGUAUACGUGACGAAUUCCACGAUAGGGACAAAAAUGCGUGAAAAUAGACAUUUCUCUUUAAAUUAAUCAAUCAGAUCCGCAUUCCUUCAGUGAGAUUUCUUUCCAUCAUUCAGUGAUGGGGAAAAUUCAAUGAUCGAACUUACGAAUAAAAUUGCUAUCGAUAAUUUAUCGUUCGAAACGUAAUAACAAUUGGAAAUAAUGGCAAACGGAUCAACUAUAAGGGCUACGAAUAAAUGUUAUUCAACGUCAUUUUAAUAACUAAUUAAUAGCCCAACUUUGGAAUAAAAGUUGAUUUUGGGUUAAUAUAUAUGUGACGAAUACCAUGAUAGAGAUAAAAAUGCGUGUGAAUUGGAUCAAGUUACUUCGAUAAUAUUUCUAGAAUCGAAUCAUUUUUAACUAAUCAACUCCGCCUUAUACAGAACUCCGUCUAUUCGAAUCCCAUUUCCGUUUUAAACGUUAAUCGUUUAUUCGAUACGAACGAUGUGCAAUAAUCAAAAUCCUGCUCUUUCAACACCUUCCCACACCUCGUCUAAUGGAACUAAGCGGCGUGUUCCCAACAAUUGGAGUAAAGCUGACGAUUAAACGAGACGAUAUAAUUUCGCCUUCACGCUUUUUAGAGAAACUCGCGUUAAUGACGGUUUCUCGCCGAGUUAAAGAACGGCGAAACGGCAAAGAUCCUGUUUAGUCGUGCAACCGAGCACGCCAUGAAUCGUCGAACGUCGAGCAAGACGGCACUCUUAUUCCUUCUCGCCUUGCUUCUGACCCGCGGUCACGAAACCAGAAACGCAACUCGAAACGAGCGACUCGAAGCGAAGCCGGUCCACGAAUCCUCUUCCACCGAGGAGGAGGAGGAAGAGGAUCGAUUCUCUUUGGGAUCGACCACGGACUCCAUCGCCACCACCACGAUGGAAACUCAUCGAGAGUUCAACGAGAAGAACGUCACUGAAAAAGAAUUUCGACCGAGCCUGCAUCUCGGCGAGAUCAAAGAAUCCAGAAUCGCGAUCAACAAUCCCUUCAACGCUCUGCGCCAUUUCGACUUGGACGACGGAGGGACGACGAGGGACACCGAGUCGUACGACGAGCACUCGAAACACUUUCAACUUGUGUUCCAGCCGAUUAAUCGAAACACCGGCGAUCAAAGAGAUUCCCGUCAAAAUUUGCACGAAACCGGUGUUGUUGGAUCGUCGAUGGAGAAAGACGCAGGGCGCGAGGAUCAACGUGUCAAGUUUCGUGACAUGGCGUUCGAGGUUGGGGGAUACGAUGGCGCGUCCAAGGAGGUCCACGCGUUCCAUCGACCGUUCACCGACACGCAAUUGUUCGAUUCGCAGGAUCAACAGGUUUUCGAGCAGGGAACGAGCCACGUAUGGGGGAAACCGUCCAAGUUUCAGGGCGAGUCGCCGAAGCCCGAGAUCGCGGAUUUAACAAGCGGAUUGAACGCGCCGUUUCAUUCGGGAGCUUUUUAUUCGGAUCACCAGAGUCCGACUCAGUCGAGUUUGCACGAGGAUUUCCUCUUUUCGUCGAAGAAGCCGAGCGACGGGCUGGUUUACGUCCAAGAAUCGUCGUUCACCAGAACCAGAAAGUUUCCUUACACCAUUUAUCAGCCACACGUUGGAUAUCAACAGAUCGAUCUCGUCAACGAUGCGUCUCGUCCAUCUUAUCCCGUUAAGAAAAGAGCGUCACCCUGGACGAAGAUCCUCCACUUGAUUGGCACGAUUCUGCCACUGGGCCUGCUCAUUGCUGCCCUCACUCCGAACGUGGUCAAAGUUGACAACGCUACCCAGCCUAAUAUCGUCCUGUCGAAAUGGAGGGUCGCUGACCUACCGGUCGAGCAUAAACAGGCGCGAUUCACGGACACGGAUUGCGAGGAGAGAUCUAUCUGUUAUGUGAUCCUGGCUGGCGGAGACGCUGGAUCGACCGUGUUGCAGAAUAUCUUGUGGAAUUUGGCAACGAGAACAUCGACUGCAACGGCGAAAAAGAGUGGUCUCCACGAAGUUUUCAAGGCGGUGAAGAAGAGGGAUUGUACCAACGUUCCCUGCCAAUCUCCCCUCUGAUCUUGAAUAAAAAAAAAAAAAAAAAAAGAAAGAAAAAACGGUAGCAGAUGAAGGUAACAGCGUUAAAUAAAACGGAUGCGAAUAAUUUUCCUUGAAAAAUUGAAGCCAACUGCUAGCAAUGUUCAACUUUCUCCAAACGGAUAGGAUAAUAAAAA